GUCGCGCUUCCUGCCUUGCUGAGGGAGGGGACGGUGCUGACGGCUGGGAGGACGAAAGGAGAAAGAAAGCCUUUUGGGAAGAUAAAAGAGAGAGGGGAACGGCCCGGGUUUCCACCGUCCGUCGGGAAAUAAACACCCCAGUUUUCUGUAGCUGCUGGAUUUGUCACCGAAUCGGCGCUGAAAAUGUCGACCAGUCGUCAGCUUAGCGAGAGCAGGGCCAUCCCGACCAGGACGGUGUUGAUCAACGACACAACGCAGCUACCUCAUGACUAUUGUACCACCCCUGGAGGCACUUUAUUCUCUACCACUCCUGGAGGAACUCGGAUCAUCUAUGACCGCAAGUUCCUUCUGGACAGGCGUAAUUCUCCUAUCGCCCAGACUCCCCCAGCUCACCUGCCUGUUAUCCCCGGAGUGACCAGCCAAAAUGUCCUGAGUGAGAACCAGAAGAAUGAAGCCAACAACCACAUCAACAACCAUGAUGGCAAGCCCACAACCGGUGAUGAUGCUCAGUUUGAAAUGGACAUCUAACUGACUGGAACCACACCAGCAAAAGCAAAUGACCUGGCAUCACACGUGUCAGUGGCUUGGCUUGUAGAAACCAAUGUUGUGAGCCCUCAUGGCAGCCAUCUUCUUUAGCUCUCUGUCUCGCUGCUGGAUGUAAUGUGUGUAAACCAUGGGGAUUCAGUAUAUCAUACAUACAGGUACAGUGUGGUCAACUCUGGAAGCUAGAUUUACUUGUAUGGUUUCCAUAGUUGCCAGUUGCUGUACAAACACAACAACAACCACACAACAAGGGAGCAGGUCUGAAUAUUUACCAGACACACUGUCCAAUUAGUAGAUUGCAGUGCUCAUUUUACAUCUUUCUGAGUCAGGAUUUUUAACAGAGCACACUGUAAAACUGAUAAAAAUUCAAGUCAAUUUGGGGAGGAAGUGGUCAUUUUUCGUACUGGCCUUAGAAUCAGUCAAAAGCUUUGAUACACAUCACAGUCUUUUGUUUUGAAAACCCUUGUAAGCAUCUUAUUUAAGUGAUUUUUUUUUCUUUUUGGUUUUUGGAACUACUUGAAAAGCUCCGCAAUCUAUUAUCGGUUGUUUGGUCAGUUUAGUUUCCCGUGACGCUACGUAAAGGGAUGCUGUGUUGUUGUUUUUUCUUUUCCAAUUAGGUAAAGAUUUCAUGCCAUUCCAAGAUUUUAGUUUCCAUUACCAACACAAGCCUGUGUGAGUUUCCAAUUUUCAGGGGAAAACAUUUUUUUAAAAUGAAUCUUAGGCCGUAAUUUAAUUGUUUUGUAGUCAUCAAAUGAUUGUAUUUCCCACUAUUUUGUAAAGCUAAUUGUAAAUCCAGCAACUUCAAACAAGCUUCUCAUUUAGAAUUAAAUUUCAGUAUAGUAUAACAAUAUCAAGACGUUCAGUUCAUCACUAUUGUGAUCUUGCUAUAAAUUUGGUUUGCACAUUUCUCCUGCCAAGAAAUACACCUUUAAAAUCUUCUUUGAUUUAACUGUUUUUUUGUGUUGGCAAGAACUUUGUGUUCACAAUUUGAUAAAUCUAAGUAAGGAGGUAAUACUUAGCAACAUCUGUCAGGUGUUUUUCAAUACCCAGACCAGAUAAACAUUUAGAACAAUGUGGAAAUGGUUAAUAUCCCAGUGUUCAUUUUUGGGUGAAAUACAAGAAGAUUUUUGAAAAACAAAAACAAAGUAACCCAGAUGUUUUAUAUGCAUUUUAUUUUUUAAUACAGUUUCUUAGUAUUGAG